AUGGGAGAAGAAUGGGAUUUUGAAAUGGUUCCUUCUAAUGGACUUUCUGGAGGUAUUAUUGUUCUUUGGAAUUCUAAAACAGCUAAUUUCUCUAAGGUGGGAUCUACAUCACAAUGUCUAAUUGGUGAUCUUUUUAUAAACAACAUUUAUAAAAUGAGAGUGGCUUCGGUUUAUGGGAGUAAAGAUGUAAUCAAAAGAAGGGAAUUAUGGGAGUUGUUGGAGUUCUACAAUGUGGAGGAUUUUCCUAUGGUAAUUGGAGGAGAUUUCAAUUGUCUCACCUCCAAAGAAGACAAAAGAGGAGGGAAAAAAUUCUGCUUUUCUCAAGGAGCUAGAGAAAUGUAUUCUUUCAUUUCCAACAAUGACUUACAUGAAGUCAACUUCAUAGGUCCAAGAUAUACAUGGUUCAACAACAAAUCUAGAGGUUCUCGCAUUUUGGAGAGACUUGAUAGGUGCUUUAUUAACUCUUCUACUUUGAGCUAUUUUUCUAAUUUAAAUGUGAGGCAUUUAGCUAGAAUUGCAUCCGAUCAUAGCCCUUUGGUUCUCAAUUUAUGCAAUGCUAAUUACACCCAUAAGAGAAGAAUUAUCUUUGAGGACAUAUGGGUUUCCUAUCAUGCUUCCUUUGGUGUGGUUAAGAAUGAAUGGAACAAGAAUUACAAUGGGGAUCACUCUCAAAUUCUUAAUGCUAAAUGUAAAAGAACUCUUAAGUCUUUGUUCUUUUGGAGCAAGGCGAAAUUGAGGAAUCUUGAAGACCUCAAAAGGAGCUUAAUGGAGGACAUUCUUAAACUACAAAUUUUGGAAUCCGAAAAUGGCUGGCUUUAUGAAGAUGAAUGUUGGGAGAUGAAAUCUAAAGCUCUGGAAUUAAAUUCUACCAUGGAACGUUUAUGUAGUUGGUGGAAACAAAGAGCCAAAGUAAGAUGGAUGAAUGAGGGAGAUUGCAACACUAAAUUCUAUCAUUCUUUUGCUAGUGCUAGAAGGAACAAUAACAGGAUCUUGAAAAUUAAAAAUGAGAAUGGGAUAGUCAUUGAAGAACAAAGCCAAAUAGAAGAUAUUUUCAAACAGUUUUUCAAAUUCAAGUGGAAACAAAGAUGUUGUAACUUGAGCAAUUGGCCAAAUCCUGAAAAAAUUUUGAAUGAAGAAGAUAAAUUCAACUUGUCCAAGGAUUUUACAAUGGAGGAAAUUGAAAAUGUUAUAAAAAACUUGGGUAAUAACAUUGCUCCGGGUAGUGAUGGAGUCACUUACUCUUUUAUCAAAGGUUACUGGAAUAUUGUAAAGGAUGACUUUCUUAAAGCUCUAAAUCAGUUUUUCAUCUAUUGCAAAAUGGAUUAUAACUGA